CACUUCUUCACUCUGAGACAUUACUUUAUAAUUAAUGAUUCUAUCCCAUGUGAUUAUGUAUAUUAUGCAGAACCCAAUCUAAAUAAUUUUAGAGACUAAGUUAUUAAGAAUCAGACUUAGAUCUGUUCAGUUUGUCUGACAGGGAGCACUGGAGGAAUUAUAACGAGAUGAGGGAUUUAACGUGUCAUCCAGGCUCUGGGGCGGGGACACACAAAUCUCACAAUGCCUAAAGGAUAACACUGACAAACAUUUGUCAUCUCUUUAGUGUUGAAGAACAUGCUGGAAUGGACAACAGAUGAGGAGUUUCACAGAUUAACUGAUCUUAGCUCUGUGAUUGGCUGAGCCUGCAGAAAAAAAUAGUGUGAUGUCACCGGUGGUGGACGAGACAGCCGGGGACCUACCAGUUAGAGAUGUGGGGAUAAUGAGAGGAGGAUUGAUGCCCACCUUCCCAGAUACCCUUCGUGACGUGAAACCAUGGAAGAAGCAUCACAAUUCAAAGAUGAAAGCAGACCCUCAGCGGCUGUUUCGAUUUCCCAGAGAGCAUCUGGAGGACCUGUGUCUGCGGCUGCAGGAGGAGAACAGUUUGCUCAGACAACACGCACAGACACAGGAGCAGCGACUCCGCAGGAUGUCCACAAAGCUGAUGCGUCUUCGUCAGGCCCGUCCGGGGUCUGGUCCUGUCAAGGACAGGGACAUGGAGGAAGCCAUCCAGGAACUGGAGGCUCGGGUAGCGAUGUUAGAGAGUCAAAAGGAGGUGUUGCAGAAUAAACUCAGCAUGGCCAAGCAGCACAUCCUGGACCUCGGGGCUCACAUGCCUUACAGAUACAGCAAAGGUAAAAACCCAGAGGGGGAGGCAGGAGUCAGGAGGGCAGCACGGACUGCUCCUGCACGAUACGGCCUCACACUGGAAGAAACCAGAGCAGAGAUGGAAAGAUUCAGGUCCAGUAUGACGGACCAGGCGAGGAUGACAGAACUGGAGCUGACAGCUCAGACUCUCAGAGACACUCUGAGAGAGAGAGAGAAAGAGAUGGAGGGAACAUUCAGAGAGCUGAGGAAGCAACAUGCUGACAGACACAGAACAACUAUCCGAGAAAAUGUGGAUCUGAUUCGUCUGCAAAAGCAGCUCUCAGAGAAGAGUACAGCCCUGAGAGUGAGCCAGGAGAAGUUUGCAGACCUGCAGGAGGCGUAUGAGAAUCAGCUGGAGGAGAGUCAGAGGGCGCUAAGGGAAAGUCAGGGCGCUCUGUUGCAGAAAGUGGAGGAGCUGACUGAACAACUGAAGCAGGAGAGACAAAAAGCUCUGACAGCUGAGGGACAGCUCAACACCACCACUCUGUCUCUGCAGAAUCUGGACAAGCUUCAAGAGAGGAUCAUAGACCUGGAGGGAGAGAGGGAUCUGAUUAAAGAAAGCUAUGAUAAUCUACUAAAGAGUACUUUGUCUACCCAGAAACCUCCUGAUCUCCAAGCUGAAACACACAGAGAGGUGCAGCAUGACAGGUUGGUGGAGAACAUCCUUGCACCAGAUCUCCACCAGAGACUGGAGGGAAUGUUGCGAGAAGAGAGGGAGGAGAGAAAAAAGCUGGAGGUGGAAAACGAGAAGCUCAGAGAAGAGAAAGACAUGCUGGAGGAUCAGAGGCAGCGGGACGAAGAGCUAUCUGUUCUAAUGAGAGAGAGGAAAGAGCAGCUGGAGCAAGAGGUUGACCAGUACAGAGAAAAGGUCUCUGCUCUUCAGGACAGCCUGGAUUCCAUCACUAAGGGGUUUGAUAUGAGCGUUGAGGAUCUCAGCGAAACUCUUUUACAGAUCAAGGCCUUCAGAAUGGAGCAGGAGAGUAGGGAGAGCCUGGGUUUCCUCGUGCCUGAUGGUAGGAUGGACGAUUCCUCCCCUGAGCUGAUGAAAAUCCAGGCAACCCAUGCAGAGAUGGUUCUUGAGCUGCAGAAAACCAGAAACCUGCUACUGCUGGAGCACAAGAUCACCAGAGAUCUGCAGGAAGAAUUAAACAUGAUUAACCAGAAGGUGGAAAGAGAGAGGGAGGAGAGCAGGAGGAGGGUGGCAGAGAAAGACAAACUUCUAUCAAAAAGAGCUCUGCAGAUCAACACAUUACAAGCCCAGUUGAAAGAAUUGGCCUACAGCCCCAGGAAUUACAAACGGACCAUCCCAAUACAGUACACCUGGCCUGCAGGGGAUCAGGAGAUGGUCCAGCCCAUUGAGGAUGAUCUAUGCUUUUCUCAGCUCAAAUCUGGGGAGUCACUGCUGGAGAUACACCUUAAGGGAGCCACCUUCACCCCGGCUGGGCUCCGUAUCAUGACCAGCCUCCACCCGGGAGCAGGACACCAGGAGGAUUUUGUAACCUUCUGCACCUACUGCCUGUUGGACUUUGAGAUGCACUCCACCCCGCUGGUGUCAGGGAGCAGGCCAAACUACGGCUUCACAUCCCGCUACGCACUGACAGUCCGGGAUCUGGGCCGGUUGGGAGGUCAAGGGUCGAGAGUGCGGCUUGAGCUCCACCAGGCGCUUGGAGGAGUCCAAUUCGUCACCCAUGGAAGUGGCAGCGUGUCACUCAUGGGUGCUAUGGAGAAGAGAGGAGAACGAAUCUGUGGCAGUGUUAGUAUCACAGGAAAUGAGGGGGGAGUUAUCAGUGUUGUGGAUUUCUGGGUGCGCCUCUACCCUCCUGCUGAACCCAUCGUCACUGUGGAAGAGGUUAGAGCUGAAAGGAGGACAGUGACACAAAGAGGUCCGGUUCAGAUCCCACUUGGCUGGCAAGACAGCGGCCAAGAGGAGUUACAUGACUAUGGUGGCGGGAUCCCCAAUGAACUGGUGGUGAUGCUUGAGCGCUGUGUGGGCCUCAACGCUCGCUGGCCGGGACUCCUUCCAGAUGCCUACCUGACGUACCGUCUGUAUGACCUGCCGCCUCAUGUCUCACAAACGGUCCAGUGCUCAGUUGAUCCGGUGUUCAACGACGUCAGCAGUUUCCCACUGGCGGUAACAACAGAUAUAUUGCACUACCUCAGGUCUAGCAGUCUGUGGGUUUAUGUAUUUGAUGACAGCGAUGAGCAGAUACCACCAGCCUACCUGGCCAAGACGCCCAUCCCACUGAGAGCUCUAGCAACAGGCAGAGAGAUCAGAGGUGAUUACGUUCUCAGAGAUCCUGCAGGUGGACCUCGGGGAAUGGUCAGAGUCAUGCUAAAAUGGAAGUACCCAUUUCAGCCACCGGUGGAUGGUUUUAAGGAGAGAUGGGGGAUGGAGACGGGCGAGGUGGACAGGAUUAAAAGCAAUAAAAAGGAAGAGGAAAGAAAGGCGGAAGCAUCACAGAGGCCGACGGCCAAGCCAAGAGCGAAGACUCGGGAUCUCCAACACGACAAACCAGUAGCUGUGCAGAAAGAGACAGAAGCUGGACCUCAGCCUCGACCUGUCAAACAGAAGAGCUCUGCAGAUUCACAGUUAGGCCAAAUUAUGGCUGUAAAACCACUGCCAGCAGACCGCAAAGCUUCCUCUAAGAGGUCCCGUGAAGUGAGAAGAUCUCCCUUAACCCCUGAGCCAAGAGUGACAACACCACCCUACAAAGCUCCAGUAGGGUCAUCCUCCAGACGAUCCACUGCCGCUCCAUUAAGGGGAAGUUCUGCCACCGAUGUAGGGAUUCAGGACCUUUCAUCUGUGUCAUUGUUCAGUGAACAGAAGGAAGAAGAGUCGGAUGAGAGUAACACUCCUGCAGAGGACAGUGAAGCCCCUGAAUCUACAGCAUCCAGUUCUACACAAAGUGACAUAAUAAUCAUACCACCAAAACGAAAAAUGAGGAAGGGAGACAAGCUUAGAGUUGAGAUCCUGUCCCUGACGUUUGAACCAUCCUCCCAAGUGGUGUCAGAUCGCUCUGUGCAACGCGUUUAUGUGGAAUACCGUCUCCUGGGCGUUGCCAUGGAGACGACAGAGACUCCCAUGUCUCUUCGUAAACCUGUGAACGGGGAAGAGAUUCACUACAACUUUACACGAGUGAUUUAUGUGGACGGGUCCCAUUCAGCUCAACUAAGACAGUAUCUUUACACUAUGCUGGAGGGCACAGACCCCAACCAGGGCAGGUUAAAGUUCACAGUGGUCAGUGAGCCGAUGGACGAUGAAGAGGAGUGUGUGGAUGUCGGACACGCAUUCCUAGAUCUACAGGAACUGCUGCUCACAGGAAACGAUGUGAUUGAACAACAAAUUGACAUUGUCAGUGUGGACGAAGAUCAGGAGGUGAUAGGGAAUCUGAAAGUGUCCCUGGAGGCGGCAAAAGCACUUAAUGGGAUAUACCAGGAGUUUCAGCAGAGAGGUGAAAGUAAAGCAGCAGGAAAUGAGGAAGAGGAUGACGAAGAAGAAGAUGAAAAAGGAGAAGGAGAGGAAGAGCAACAGGACAACAAGAAAGAUCAGAUUCAAGUACUUGAUUAUGACGAUGAGGAUGAAGACAGUGCGUUCCACUAAUGGAAAAUAUCUGAAAACCCUUUAAAUAAUAUAGAAAAACACAGAAAUAAAAAUUAUUUGGGACACAAAAACAAAUCUGUUUUCUU